AUGGCGGUGGUGGGCGCCGCGCAUGGUAUGCUGGGUCCGCUGCUGGGGAAGCUCGCCGAGCUGCUCGCCGGCCAAUUCGGCCGCCUGCGAGGCAUCCGCAAGGACAUCCUCUCCCUCCAGGCCGAGCUGACCAGCAUGCACGCGGCGCUCCAGGAGUACACAAUGCUCGAAGAUCCGGGCGUCCAGGUGAAGGCCUGGAUAUCGCUGCUCAGGGAGCUGGCCUAUGAUACCGAGGAUUGCAUCGACAAGUUCAUCCGCCACCUCAGCAAACAUGGGCGUCGCGGCGGCUUCAAGGAGCUCUUCCGCAGGGCCGUUCACUCACUCAAGACGCUCGAUUCUCGCUGCGGGAUCGCCGACCAGAUCGAGGAGCUCAAGGCCCGCAUCAAGCAUGUGAAGGAGCUCAAGGUAGUUACAAGCUGA